ACCUUUUAUACGCCCUUAGCGGUGAACGUGCUAUGCAUAAAUUUGGAGUGGCAGUACAUGUUCGGUAUAGCACGAAGAGUUCAACAUAAGAGAGGAGCCUCAAAAAUGAAUCUUUUGCUGUUCACUCUGACUGUCGUUGUUCUGAUGGCUGCACAUGGUUGUGCGUUGAAAUGCUAUGUGUGCUCUGGCAAUGAAGAUACUUGCAGCAAGAGCAAACUGGAAAGUGACAAGGACACCUACUUGAAGGAAUGUGCUUUCAUUUAUGACAGGUGCGGAAGGAGUUGGACUAAGAGAGGUGACGUGAACACUGUGGAGAACGACUGCGCCAACGAAGCCGUCUGUCACGCAGCAAAAGAGCUUUGUGACGUGCGUAAAGAUUCUAUCAAGGACUACAAGUGCGGGGUUGGUUGCUGUACUGGCGAUGGCUGUAACACAGGCUCACCUGUGACCUUCAGCUUCUUCCUGUUGAUCGUCUCUUCUGUGCUGGGCUUAGCACUAAUGAAGUAGACUGCAGACCAAAAAUGCUAACGUGUUCCCAACAUUGCUUGAUUGUAGAACUGUGAGCGUCAAAAGACAUGUCAUACAAGAUGGACAGUCAAUAUUAUUCGCACGAGAAAAAGUAGAUUUGUAGAUCUGAGUGAAUUUCCUUGUUUUGUAAGCUUCUUAAUUGAAUUAAACGUUUUGAAAUAAG